AUGCAGCUUAGCUUGUUCUCCGUGGUGGGGCUCGUUGUCUCCUCCACUGCUGGAGUAAUUCCCGACCACGCUCAUGGGCUUUCAAGAGAUGUCUCUCCUAGACUUAAAAGCCCCUUUGAGCGGCGCGAUACAUUUGAUUGCGAAGGCCACAGUCUGUGUGGCGCUCUUCCGGUCAGCGCUUGCGAUCAAGCAGCAAACAAACUAAUCCGUAAUGACGAUGUUAAUUAUGGAGCUUCUGGUAACAAAAGCGGAAAGCCUAAGGGUGAAUGCACUUCAAUCGUCGGACCGCAGCUUCCAGGAUGUGGCGUCUACAUCCAGGGCGGAUCUCAAUGCAUGCGUACUGGCAACCAAAUGUGGUCGGAUUACCAGGAAAUCAGGAACAAUGAUUGCAAGACCUGCGGAAGAAAGCAGUGGGGUGAUGGUUGUAUGACUGUUAUUAACUACGUUGUCGGGUGCAACCCUCUCUAA